GUUCAUUUGUACAUUUUGCUAAAACCUCAGAAAACCCCCCUGAGUAACAGUUAAGCAGUGAGAGCGCGCACAAAUGGCACUCUCUCGUCUCCUUCAACCAAAUUCAACCAUUCGCACCUGCAGAUUAGGGUAUUCAGCCGCAACAGCAAAAUUCUGCUCUUCAGGGAGUUCUGAUGGCGACGGCGGUAGAACGCUGCAAUUCAUGGACGAAGCUGUUGUAGAGGAUACAAAGAUCAUGCUACCAGAUAUAGUAAGCGAGGCUGUGGCGAAGAAUCCCAGCCUCUCUGAGGCAGAAGUUCUUGGGAAUAUAAUGGCACAAUACAGUGGCCGCCAUAAGACUACAACUCUAAGUGAUAUAUUCACGGUGCAUGAGAGUAAUCCUACUGAGACCACGGCUCGGAAUGAUAGGGCAAAGAAUCUCACAUCUAUUCAUCCAUCUCAUGAGCCUUCAAAUCAACCCUGUGAAGAGGAUGCUGAAGAAAAUCCCUUUCAGAGGCUUGUUCAAACUUUAUCUAUCGGAGCACGGCAUUCACCAUUCAAUCCAACUGAGCUUUCUCGCAGCACAUGUCUCGCUAAAGGCAACUCAUCAAAUGCUGACGUGCAAGGAUCUGACAAGUAUGAUAGGUCGAAUUUGCUAACUUUUCCAGCUGGGACUUCUACAAUUGAGGUCAGGGAGAUAAACAAAUUGGGCUUUGAUCUUGAGUUGAAAGAGCAAAAAAACUGUCUGAAUGUUUUGCUUCCCACAAGUAAUAAUGAUCAAAUGCAAAGACAGACAAAGAAUUUGACCGGAACAGAAUCAGAGGAGCACAAAGUACUAGUAAGGUUCCUGCAGAGUUCUGUUUCCGAGAGUGCAUUAUUUGAGUUUUUUAAGAAUUGUGGGGAGAUCUUGAACAUUGAAUGUCGUAAUGCCCCAAGGUCUCAGUUCAAAACUGCUUCCAUCAAUUUUAAGACCAGAGACGGGCUUCAGAAAGCUCUCAGCAAAUCUGGAAUGUAUCUUACUGGGCAGAUAGUUGUGGAACCUGCUGCUCCAGGAAACAGGAGCGCAGUAAUUACCGUUCCUGCCUUGCUUGGGGACCCUGAUAUCCCAGCUGCUUUAGUAAAGAACCCAACUAGGACGAUAAGAAUAGAACAGUUAACUGAAGAGAUAUGUUCACACAAUAUAGUAGAAGCUCUGGCCUUCUGUCAGAGCAAAGUAUCUAGCUAUUUUCUGGGGCCCUCACCUUCUGUUGCUUAUGUGGAGCUGGAGACAGAAACUGGCAAAGAACGGGCGCUUGCAAAACAGUCCAUCAACGUCUUGGGAAGGCAUCUGAUCAUACUAAGAAUUGAUUGUCCAAGAACAACAGCUGUAAGGAUUACAAGCAGCAGGUUUCACCUUUCAGGAGGAGAUGUUACACAAAUAUGCAGAUCUCUUGGAGAUGUUAGCGCAUCCUUUUCGAGAGACGUGAAUGUACUAGAUGUGCAUUUUAAAGUUUCUGAAUGGCCAAACAUGGUGAAGAUCCUGAACAGCUUAAAUGGAUGUGUGGUGAAAGGUAGUCCAGUGCACGCUGAGCCUGCACCGGUCUUCCCUCCUGAGGUGCUGUUAGCUCUCUGGCAUAACCCACUGGAACGAAAACAUUUGAAAGCCACAGCGCAGGCGUUGCUGCUUAAACUGAAGAGCAAAUUGGACACAUCCGAAUUAGACUUCCUAGAAAACAAUUUCUUCUCAAUCUCUACUUAAAGAAUAAUGAUAGCUUAGAUUUUCCUUCUCACAGUCCUUUUAGAUUAGAAGAGCACCCUUUUUAUCAACUGAGAGGUAAGCUUUGGAGGGCUGUUUGUUUGUUUUUCAUCUUAUUGUGAAAUUCAACAUUAUUGAAAUCCAAAGGAAAUUCCACUUUUCGACA